AUGGCUCCUAACGUCCCUGCUGCAAGCAGUUUCCCUUCAGGCGCCGUUUCCGUCGCCAGUACCGCUCUUCUCAUGCCCCCCGCCAAGGCCCCGGCUACGCCGUCUGUUGUAGGGAUGCGUGCGCACGCAAGCCCGCUCAAGCUGGCCCCCGGCCCUGCUGACGUGGCGGGCAACCCGCGCAAGUGGUCCCCACCGCCGCCGCAGGACGGCAUCCCAUUGGACGAGCGCCAAGAGUGGCUGCGCGACGAGGCGUUGCCGUUUCUGGAGCUGUUUGAGCGCAACGUGAGGAAGUUUCCGAGCAAGGCGGCGGUGACAUGGGUGGAGGAGAAGGGGGUGAUCAAGCAGUCGUACACCUAUGAGGAGCUGGACGCACUGUCCCGGGCCGUGAGUGUGUCGCUGGUGGGCGAGUGGGGGGCAGCGAGGGGCGACCGAGUGGUGCUGCUGUACCCGCCCGGGCUUGACUUCCUCAUUGCCUUCAUUGCCUGCCUGCGGUCUGGAGUGGUAGCGGUGCCAGUGUACCCGCCCAACCCACGCGAGCUGAAGAAGGACGUGGAGAAGCUCACUCGUCUCGUCAACGACUGUGGGGCUCACAUCGUGCUCUCCACCUCCGAGUAUCGCUCCAAGAUCCGCCUGUCAUUGCUGAAGCUCGUGCGCUGGCCGGGCGAGCACUGGUAUAACACCAACGGCAUCAAGCCUCUCCCUCGCAACGCGGCUGAGAAAGACAGCAGCAGCAGCAGCAACAGCAGCAGCAACGAGAAUGGCACUGGUGAUAGCAACAUCAGCAGCAGCAGCAGUGAUGAGAUUGCGUUUCUGCAGUACACGUCAGGGUCCACUGCGGAUCCCAAGGGCGUCAUGAUUACGCACACCAACAUCGCCCACAACGUCAUGUUCAUCCGCAGGACCCUGCGCAUGCAUUCCGGUAUCCGCUUCUUCAGCUGGCUGCCUCAGUACCACGACCUGGGGCUCAUAGUGGCGUAUCUGAGCACGCUCACAGCGGGCGGCAGUGGGGUGUACAUGUCACCCAUCGAUUUCAUCCACCGCCCCGCCUCCUGGCUGCAGUGGAUGAGCCGCCUCAAGAUCACGCACACAGCAGCGCCCAACUUUGCUCUCAACCUCGCCACGCGCAAGUUCAUCCCUUCCAGAGAUGCUGCCCUGCCCAAGCCCUUCCUCUCCGCCUCCCUCCCGCCCUCCUCCUUUCCCACCCCUGCCAACUCCCCCUCCUCCACCCCCACCGCUCUCAACCCAUCUGCUGUGCUUCCCACCACUCUGGACCUCUCGUCGCUGGAGUGCUUCUUGAACGCUGCGGAGCCGGUGCGGCCGGAGACGAUAGAGCGGUGGAAUGCGGUGCUGGGGCGGUACGGGUGGGACCCGUGCGGCAUGUGCCCGUGCUAUGGGCUGGCAGAGCAUGUGGUGGGCGUGUCGGGGUGGGGCAGCAAGCUGCUGCAUCUCCCGGACAUCACUCUGCAUAGCAGCGGCCACCUCGCCACGUACCCUGUGGACGGCCGGGUGGUCAUCGUCAAUCCUGAGACGCGUGAGGAGUGCGCGGAGGGCGAGGAGGGUGAGAUCUGGGCGCGCAGCUGCCACGUGGCGCGUGGCUACUGGGGCAAGCCGGAGCUGUCAGAGGAGACCUUCCGGGCGCGGAUGAGGGAGGGAGCCCCAGGCUCCGACAGCAGAGCCUACCUGCGAACGGGGGAUCUGGGGCUGGUGGUGGCGCAGCAGCUGUUCAUCACAGGGCGCAUCAAGGACCUCAUCAUCGUGGGCGGGAAGAACUACUACCCGCAGGACAUCGAGCUCACCGUAGAGGCCGUUUCAGACACCAUUCGCCCCGGCUGCUGCGCCGCCUUCAGCGUGAACAAGACGAGCCACGGGGCGGCAGUGGGCGGCAAGGGAGAUACUGGGGAGAAGGGAGAGGAGGAGGAGGUGUUGGCGGUGGUGGUGGAAGUGAAAGCAGUGGCGCAGGAAGGGUGGUGGCGCGGAGGGGGGGGAGGAGGAGGGAGUGGGGAGGGUGGGUUGACGAAGCAGCAGAUGAAUGAAGUGGCGGGGGAGAUUCGCAGUGCUGUGGUGCGGGCUCAUGGUGUUAUGCCUGCCAUCGUGGCUAUCAUUCCUCCUCGCACGAUCCCCAAGACCACGAGUGGCAAGAUUCGGCGCAAGGAGACGAGCCACCGUCUCACCACAGGCGCACUAAACGUGCUCAACAGUAACUCGCACAUGGAAGGAGGCGCAGGAGAGACCAUUGAGAGUCUGCAUUCGAUCCCUGAGCCUUCUGGGGCAAAGGGAGGAGAGGAGGACAUGGUGAUUAUCGAGGAGGAAAGCUCUGCUGAGAUGCCUCGAAAAGAGGUGCUGAUUGGCCAAGAGGAGAGUGAAAGUCAGGAGCGGGAGGAGGCAACCAGUAAGAAGGUGGAGGAGGAGGGGGGACAGGUGGAAGGAAAAGGGGUGAGUGAGGAAGAGAGUGUGGAGGUGGAGGGAGGGGAAGCUGUAGAUGAAGCAGAGGAGGAAGCAAAUGUAGUGGCACCACUGGCAGUGGCGUCAGAAGCAGCAGCAGCAACAACAGCAGCAGCAGCAGAGGGCGACGUGGCAGAGGCAAAGGAUGGGCAGGGCAAGGAUGCAGAAGGGGAUGGGGAUGCGGAAGCAGAGGAGGACAUGGGUGCGGCCAAGUGGGAUGGCAUGGGAGUGGAGGCAGCUGUGAAGGCUAUCAUGGGCAUCCAUGACCUGGAGAUCGCUGGGGAGCCACUGCUGAUCGACAUAGGCCUGACGUCAAUGAAUGGCAUGGAGGUGCUCGAGCUGCUGGAGAGGCGCUGCGACCGCAGACUUGUUGUCGAUGACAUGGAGCGACUCACCAUUGGACAUUUGCGCCAGCUGGAUCAGGGCAUCCCCCUCCCUGACACAUUCGAGAGUGAUGACGAGGAUGAGGACGAAUGA